AUGUCGGAACAGAAUCCGGGUCAGCCGUCGGCAGAGCUUCAGAGAGCGUAUGAGGCGAAUAUCAGGCUGUCGACCCAGUUUUAUAAUGCAGACAGCCAAUUGUCAGGUGACGACCGGGCCAAGUUGGCAAAUACGUUUUGGAACCAGUCGGUGUGGCUUCCUCUGGGGUCAAUUCCAUUUCUGAUUGCUGGAAUUCAGGGCCCGAGGAUCGCGGCAAGAAUGGGAUAUCUCGGGAAAGGGAAAAAUGCCGGACGGGGAUUAUCUGUAUUCACAGGACUGUUCGGUCUCAUACUGGGAUCAAGAAUAUCUCAGGGUGUAGUAUACAACUAUGGACAGAGCUCAUUAUCACAAUCUCCCAACGCUCAAACUGCGUUCACUAUAUUAGGACAGUAUCCUCCACAAAUAGGACUUGCAUACUAUCGAAGAACAGCACGAGAUGCGUCACUGGCAAUGCCAGAUCCAAGCACCAUUGACUGGCGAAAGAACCCCUCGUUUCCUCUUAAUCUAGCAGUCCACAGAUCUGAGCUUCCAAAUGCCUCAUCUCGUACCCCUGGUCGUCCAGGACGACCUAAUGAAGUGCAGACUUCGUAUCCCUCAAUACAGAGUCCCAAACAAACAGACAAUGAGACUUCAGACAGUUCACCCUUCGACAGCGAAGAUAAUAAAGAAAACUCCGAGGCUGGUCGUGGCGGUCAAAUGUCUUCCUGGGAUCGCAUUCGAGCUGCUAAUGGAAAUGCCAGUCGCAGUGACGGUACUAAUGGAGGCGGAUGGGACGCCAUUCGAAGAGGAGAUCGACCAGCACCCAAUCGAGUUAAUUCUGACAGAGGCACCUUCAAUGACGAGCCGCGAAUUAUCCCUCCUCCCGUGUCGCGAAUCCACCCCGAAAGCGAGCUCGAGUCGCAACAAGAGUUCGAUCUCGAAGUCGAGCGAGAACGGCUCGGCCAGGGCGUGGCCGACGACUUCUCCGAGUCCGAAAAGAAGUGGCAGUGA